ACUGGGUGUGUGAGAGAGACUCGCCACUUUGUGAUGUGCUUUCGACAAUUCCAAAGUCCCAAAUUCAACUCGUCUCUACUCAUUUUUCUCAUCAUCUAAACCCCAAACUCGUCUCUUUCUAUAACACUGUCUGUACUCAUUUCCAUUCCUCACAUUGGCUCUUUUAUUACAUAUCAGAUUUAGGGCCCCUUCUGCCAUACUGCACACAUUGAAGAUGGCCACCACAUCAUUCUCUGGUUUGCAAUUUGCAAUGUCAAGGUCAUGCAUUCCUUCAUCACAGAAGACUGCAGAUGCAAGUGCUGUGGUUCUUGGUGGUAAGUCCAAGAUUGGAUCAUGGAAUAAACUUGCAAGUGCAUGUAAUGUUGCAUCAGUGCAACCUUUCCAGAGGGGCUUCACUUCAUCGUCCAUAAAAUCUGUCAAAAGUGUCACAAAGGCUACAUCUGAGUCUAGUGCAGAAAGUGCUGUCUCAGGAUUGCCAAUUAAUCUGAAAGGUAAAAGGGCUUUUAUUGCUGGUGUUGCUGAUGACAAUGGAUAUGGAUGGGCAAUUGCAAAAUCUCUUGCUGCAGCAGGAGCUGAAAUUCUCGUCGGCACAUGGGUUCCUGCUCUGAAUAUUUUUGAGUCCAGCCUACGGCGUGGAAAGUUUGAUGGGUCACGCAUAUUACCAGAUGGAUCAAUGAUGGAGAUUACCAAAGUUUAUCCAUUGGAUGCAGUUUUUGACAAUCCUGAUGAAGUGCCAGAAGAUAUAAAAACAAACAAGCGGUAUGCAGGAUCCAGUAAAUGGACCGUUCAGGAAGUUGCUGACUCUGUUAAGGAAGACUAUGGCAGCAUAGAUAUCCUCGUGCACUCACUUGCCAACGGACCAGAGGUGACAAAACCAUUGUUGGAGACAUCUCGGAAUGGAUAUCUUGCUGCAAUAUCUGCAUCUAGUUACUCCUAUGUCUCUUUACUAAAGCAUUUUCUUCCAAUUUUGAACCCAGGUGGCUCUUCAAUCUCUCUGACAUACAUUGCUUCUGAAAGGAUCAUUCCUGGAUAUGGUGGUGGUAUGAGUUCUGCAAAAGCUGCACUGGAGAGUGAUACCAGAGUUCUUGCUUUUGAAGCAGGAAGAAAGCGCAAAAUUAGAGUCAAUACUAUAUCUGCUGGUCCACUAAGAAGUCGGGCUGCAAAGGCUAUUGGAUUCAUUGAUAUGAUGAUUGAUUAUUCAUUAGCCAAUGCACCUCUACAGAAAGAACUAUCGGCAGAGGAGGUGGGCAACGCAGCUGCCUUCUUAGCAUCACCUUUGGCAUCUGCUAUCACUGGUACUGUUCUAUAUGUUGACAAUGGUCUGAAUGCUAUGGGUGUUGGAGUUGACAGUCCAAUAUUUAAAGAUCUUGACAUUCCCAAAGACCAGCAUUAAGUGGCAGCUACCCCACAAAAGCUAGUGUCACCGGAAUUAGCAUAGGCAUUGGCGAUAUUUUUUAUUUUUUUUUGCAUUCAGACUGUAGGAUUCAGAGUUGAGCAUUUGCUUUGCGAUUUGUAGGCUUAUUUUUGGAGUUUUUCCCUUACGGCUUUUAAACCUUUCUUUUGGCAUUAUGCUAAGAAAUGCAGGUCAUAUGAAUAUGAAUGCAAAAAUCACAUGUUCACGAGAAUUGAAAUAUAAACUUGCAAUAAAAAUGUAUUCCUGUGUGACGUCUAUCCUGUGGAUAGAAUCUUGGGAGUUGUGACAUUA